AUGGAUAGAGCCUGUUUGGCAAUAGUUAUAGCUUCUGCUGUUGUAAAAAAAAGAAAAAAAAGAAGAAUAUGGGUUAAGGAUUGGCUGUUGGAAAGAGACAGGUACACCCAUUUAAACCUAUUGAAUGAAAUAGUAGUUAAAAAUCCUGCAGAUUUCAAAAAUUAUUUUCGAAUGAGUGAAACAACGUUUUUAACUUUAUUGGACAUGGUUUCACCUCAUAUUAAAAAGCAAGACACUAAUAUGAGACAAAGUAUCAGUCCAAAAGAGCGACUCGCUGUUACUUUGCGAUACCUGGCGACAGGAAGAAAUUUUGCUGACCUCAAGUUCUCAGCAUUGAUUUCCCCAGCAGCAAUUAGUUCAAUGAUAAUUGAAACAUGUGAAACUCUCAUCUAUGUGCUUCGAGAUUAUAUCAAGCUUCCCUUAACAGAAGAGGAAUGGUUAUUAACUGCAGCAGAAUUCAGCAAGAACUGCCACUUUCCUACUUGUCUCGGAGCUCUUGAUGGAAAGCAUAUCGCCAUAAAAAAACCGGCUAAUACCUCCUCUCUGUAUUAUAAUUAUAAAGGACACUUUAGCAUUGUUUUAAUGGCAUUGGUCAAUGCAAAUAAGGAAUUUAUAAUGGUGGAUGUAGGAGCUAAUGGUAGGAUCUCCGACGGUGGGGUCCUCUUUUAUACAAAAUUUUGGGAUUUGUUUCUAAAAAAGCAAUUGCAUAUUCCACCUCCCACAAAGUUACCAGGUUCAGAGGAUUAUUUUCCUUACGUUUUUGUGGCAGAUGAGGCCUUUGCUUUGCACUGCAACCUUAUGAAACCAUACCCUCAAAAAAAAUGUACAAAGGAGCAAGAUACUUUCAAUAAACGACUGUCCACAGCUCGAUGUGUAGUCGAAAAUGCCUUUGGCAUUCUCGCAUCAAGAUUUGGUGUGUUUCAAAAGCCAAUAAAUCUUGGUCCUGACAAAGCAACAAAAAUUACACUAGCAUGCUGCUAUCUGCAUAAUUACUUAAAAAAGGAAUCUCUAAACUUUAGUGCACAAAACGAAAUUGAAAGCAUAGAUGUAGGGGCUAGUCUUCGUGAAGAACAUAGUAGGAAUGCAAGCGACGCAAAAUCCACAAGGGAUAAAUAUUGUACAUAUUUUAAUCUUACAUAAUAAUUUGUCAUAAUACUUUUGCAAAUGUUAAUUUUUUAUUUCAAAAAAUUUAAUACUGAAAUUUAUGGUAAAAACCAAACAAUCAAAAUCAUACCUGUUCCUCUUCCUCGUUUUCCACAUCAAUCGACGAGUGGGUUUCGAAUGGCUGCUCGAUUUUAUCAAGAAAUUGAAGAGCAUAAAAUACCCAUGACGACGGAGUGUAAAUGUCUUCGGUACCACAUCCAGACCUUUAAUAACAUAAUAAAUUCAUUUCAUAUUUUCUUUUUUAUAUAAUUAUUAUAAAAACAACUAUACCUAAUGCCUAAAUAAAAUUUUACUAAGAAAAUCAAAAUGUUGGUAUAUAUUCUCACCUUUUCGAAGAUUCAAUUUUCUUAAGUUCUUUUCGAAAAUUUGAUCUUAAUGUAUUUAUUUUUUUCCUGACAUCGGAAAUUUCCGCGUUAGGUUUUAUUUUUUUGUACAAAGGCAAUAAUUUAUUUAAGGCUUCCAUCCUUUUAUUUUUUUUCAUGUAAUUUGGAUCUGUGGAGCUCCACAAUUCGGGCAUGGAUUCAAAAGUAUGAAUAAAUAAUUUAAGAUCUUCGUCCAUAUUAUCCUCCAUCUGCAAAUUAUUUAACAAAAUGUAAAUGAAGUUAUGAUUAAUAUUUUCGUUAUUAACCCUCCGAGUACCAUGGGGUCCUUUUGGGACCCAACACUUUUACGAGAAUUUAACUUUCUCUGCUGUAUGACCUUUGUAAACUCCGUUUUAAAAUAUUGUUUCUUCAGAAAAUACAAGAAAAAACAAGUUGCACCUUUUAUUUAUUUUUGGGCAUAAGUUAAAAGAUGAGUAAACUUGAAGGUAAAAUUCAUUAUUAGCAUUCAAAAACAUGUGAAAGUACCAAGUUUCAACUUCCUAUUCAAUAACCCAAGAUUUAAAAUGGAAAAAAAUAUUUGGGGUCCAAAAAGGACCCCUGUGGUACUUGACUUUCAUGAGGACCGUGGUACCCAGAGGGUUAAAUUCACAGUAUUUUAAAAAUAAUCUUGUACUUACUUUGGAUGCACGAGUUUUUGCACAAUUUAAUAACUGAGGAAGAUAAAUUUAUCGUAAUUAAACUUAAUUUAACUUAAUUUAAAUAACGUAAUUUAACUUAAAUUCGUAAGAAAAUAAGCAGGCUUCACGUUUUCAGAGAAAAUAAACGGCAACUCUACAAAAAGCAAACCAACGUCGAACUCCAAGAUUUCAUCAAUUAGAUGGCACGUGUUUUCACAACCUAAACCCGCCUCAUUACUGAAGAAUGAAGCAAACCCGGCCACACGGUCAUUAUUACUGUCAGUAUCCCCACUACUCGGCGACCAGAACUGAGGAAUGAAUGGAUUGAAGCAUCAAUCUUCAGUACCCUCUUCAGUACUUCAAUACCUCGGAUUACACGAUCAGUAUUACUGACAAUAUUUUUCGAUACUGUCAGUAUUAUUGACCGUGUAUGCUCUGCUUAUAUCCACAAACAAAAAAUUUUCCUUCACACUUUAGCAGGCUUAGGACAGGAGAUGUUGGCGUGUUUAAAAAAUGUUUGUACAUGGUACAUACAAUGGUAUAUAAAAAACUGAUUUUAUAACCAUGGAUAAUCUUGUCUUUCUUGCAGCUUUCCUUAUACAGGGUGCGGCAGCAUAACUUCCUUUUUUCAAAAGUUAAUAAAACUUAUUGUAUGAAUCAGAAAAUUUUUAUUCGUUUUUUAUAAUACAGGCACAUACAUAAAGUUUUGUUUUACUGAGUUUUGAAGAUCAAAUCAGUUAGGUGACGUCCCCCAUUCUCCAUACACUGAGUAAACCGAUUUCUGGCGUUUGUCAUGACUCUUGCCAGCAUAGCAGGCGUUAUGUUGGCAAUUUCUUCCUGGAUGUUCGUCUUCAAAUCUUGUAGGGUCCUUGGACGGUUCACAUACACACGGGAUUUCAAAAAACCCCAUAGGAAAUAAUCACAAGGGGUCAAAUCGGGAGAGCGGGCUGGCCACUCCAAAUCGCCCCUAAUUGAGAUAAGGCGCUCUGGGAAGUGUUCCCUCAAAACAGCCAUCGAUGUUCUUGAAGUGUGUGCCGUUGCUCCGUCUUGUUGGAACCAAGUGUCCCCUAAGUCCAACUCAUCUAGCCGUGGGAAAAAAAAUUCCUGUAACAUGUUUACAUACCGGUGCGAAUUCACUGUCACUGUGACUUCAUUUUCCUCAAAGAACCAGGGACCAAUAAUUCCACGUGAGUAAAUUGCACACCACACUGUGACUUUAGGUGAAUGCAAAGGCCGUUGAUGCAAUUGUCGAGGAUUGGUAUCAGCCCAGUAGCGCAUGUUUUGUUUGUUUACGGAUCCACACAAAUGAAAAUGGGCUUCAUCACUAAAAAAAACAAUAGCGUCCUCAGGAACGACUUCCAGAAAAACCUCACACGCGUUCCUCCGAGAAUUGAAGUCACGUUCAGAAAGUUCCUGCACAAUUGCCAUCUUGUAUGGAUGAAAAUGAAGAUCAUCAUGAAGUAUUCUCCUCACAGAACGAUCGGAAAGUCCAAGGGCAGACGCAUGUUUGCGCGCAGAACGCCGUGGUGAUCGCAACACUGAAGUUCUAACUAACUCAAUGUUCUCCGGUGAUCUAAUGGGCCGAGGGACUCCAGUUCUUCGUCUUGUCACACUUGCAGUUUGUCUGAACGUAGUGACCCACGUAACAAUUCCGGGACAGGGGCCAAGGGGGCUAAAUUAAAGCGAUUCCGAAAGGCGCGCUGGGUUGCGAUCACAGAACAUCCGCUCGAAAAGUAAACCUCAACGGCAAACGCACGCUCCUCACUGUUCCAACGCAUGAUGGCGACUGAACUGUGCCGGGACAAAACUUUAUAGUCCCCCCUCUCGAACGAGACCACUAGCACUCCGUUACGACAUCUACCGACUAAAUGGCGAACUUUUUAAAAAAGGAAGUUAUGCUGCCGCACCCUGUAUUAAUGAAUUUGCCUUAAUUAACACAAGUGGCAUUUGAGACUUUUGAAUAAUUUCUUCGCUACUGAACCUGCCACAUAAGGAGUGACAAGAUCUACCCUGUAUAUUUUGAGCUUCUAUUGAAUGGUUUAUAAAUUGGGACAUUGACUUUUGGAGUUAUUAGUUCAAUAGGUGUUUCACUGAGGAAAUUUUUAAAAGUAUCCAAUGCCACUGUUGAAAAGUCGUCUUCACAAUUAAAUCCUGGCGAAUGUUUAGACAUGAAAUUUACAAUUAAAGACUUUGUGGACGAAACAAAUGCAGCACAUGAAGGAUUCGUAUUCCUAAUGCCAAAGAAAUUUUCAAUAGCAUUUUGAUUUAAGUUUCUGGCACUCAAAUAUUUGAAUCCUUCUUGCCCCAACUUUUGUCAAAUGUACACAAAUCCUCUAAUCGUGAAUGAUAGUUUUUUAAUUGAUUGUGUUAUACAUCUGAAAAUCUUUUUUGAUGGGUCUAUAAAAUGAAAUGAAUUAAAACUGGUAGUGCAUUGAGCCAAGUAUCUAGAUGUUUGGAUGUGGCAGUGAUAAUUCCCCUCAAUUCUUUCCCUAAAGGAGGAUUUAACAGAUUUCCAUUAUGACUGUGGAACAACGUGUCCAUAAAUCUGCAGUUUCAGUUGCUUUGGGAUUUAAUAAUUUUUACUAAAUCUACAGUUUUUGUGGAGUGCUCACAAAAAUAAAAUGCUAUCGGUUGUUUCCAGCUUCUACGUGUACCUUUAACCAUAAAAAGUAGAGCAUGAGCUCUCCUAUCCCCUUUUCCAAAAUCAAUUAACCCUUCAAAACAAUCUGCCACCCGAUUAUAUGUGAGCCCAGUAUCUAAUGACAUUUCAUCAAAUAUUAAUACGCAAUAUUUAUCAAGACUGAAACUGAAAGGCAUACGAUUUAAUAACCUAAUUAAUGUUCUUCGACUCGGUAAAGAAAAUAUUUUGGAAAGAAAUCUGUAACCUUUUCCACUAUUCUUGUAACAGGAUAAUGAAAAUAUCUUGUCAUCUAAGGUAAAUCUUCUUCCUCUGCUGAAAUGUGGGUCCAAUCUCUAUAUUUUCAGUUAAUCAAAUAUUUACAAAAGUUUACACAACUUUUAUGGGGUUGACUCAAUGUAACAGGAGCUAAAUAUUUUCUUCGUUCAUGCAAUUUAUGAGUAGAUUUUGAAGGAAUCGAUAAUGGAAUUCGUAGAUAUUGGCAGAUAUGAUACAAAUUAACUAUUAUACCUCAUACUAUAGAGUUUGCUUUGAAAAAUACUUACAGGAUCAAUUUUGUCUUCAUGUUUUCUUGAAAAAAAAGGCAUCACCAAACCAAUAGAUUAAAUAAAUUUCUAGAACUUUCCCAUAUUUCGGUUUUCUCCUUGCUAAGAACUAACCGAGAUACAAACAGUUCAAUCGGUACCAAAUCCAGAAAACAUCAACAUUCACCAUGUAAAGAGAUUAUUUUUCAAAAAUGUUGUCUCUAUUUCCGUUGUCUUGUAUUUCCCAUGGAUUUAUGGUGAUAACUAAAUUCUUAUUUGACAUCAAAAUUCAUGUGAGACAUUCACAUUAUUUGACAAACAUGUUUGUGAAACACUGCAUUUGUCAAUUAGAAAAUCACAGCAUUCACAAUCAGUCAAGUAAUAAACUACCAACAGUUUUCUAGACUAUUUAAGGAAAUUUACUUUUUUAUCAUAAUUUAAAAUUGUUUUAAUGAAAUUGGACUAAAUGGAUUUAUGUUCAUUUGAAAAUUAGCUGUGGAGUUUUAACAGAUGUUAAUGUGAAACUUUUUCAAAGUGGUAUCGUCCAAUGAGGCACGACGAGCCUAUCUGAGACCUAUGUACUCAAUAGUCCUGCAGCCUCCCACUAUAAAUAUGAAACUUUGUUGGAAUUAAAUAAAAUUAAUAUUCGAAUUACUAUUUUUUUUUUUCUAUUUAAGAAAAUUCCUAAAUGCCCUUUUUCAUUUCAUCGUUAACUGAAUAAACUACUAACUUGGAAUGAUUGGUUUGAAAAUCUUCACACUAAAAACUUAAUAUAUACAUUUUUUUUUCGAUAAAUAAUCUUUUGUUAAAUUUUGAUAUCAAAAUGGUUGGUAAUUUUUUUGUAUGAUCGGCAGUUUCUGCGUAUUAUUGUAUAAUUCAAUUAAUGUAUUUAUGUACUAUUUAUUUUAUAUUUGGAUACUUUUUAUUCAUGUUAUUUUAGCUAAUAUUUUCGUUUUUCCGAUUCUUCCCGGGUCUAUCUGUGUUUUUAAUUGAAAUGAUAUCGUCAUUUAUUUCUUGUUAUUGGUGAAUAAUAUGUUAUCUUCUGGUAGGGUAGUAGUAUGAAUGAUACUCAUUUUCAUCCCCCAAAGUAUUUAAUUUUUUUUUAAAUUUAAAUUGCCAGCAAAUAAGUUUUAUAUAAAAUUAUGUUUUUCUUUCAAAUUGGUUGAUUUUUUUUAUUAGAAUGUGAGAUUAAAAUAGAGGAAUUUUUAAGAAAAUCUGGAUAAUUUUUUUUUAAAUUUUUCAAUAUAAAAUAGUUUAGUUUUCACAAAUUGAUAUUUUCAAACGCACUUCCCACCUUAUAUAACUUUAGUCACAUAUUUUUAAUAACUGUCAUCGAUAACUAACGUUAUUUUACAAGAAAAUAACAGGAAAUAAUUUACAAACUUUUCUCAUUCCAAAAUCCUCAAGCAAAUCUAUUCUGAAUCCGUUCCUGUCCUUUUAAUUUGCCGAAUCCUUCUAUUAACAUCAUUUUUCAAAACAGUGUAAUUUGUGCCUGCGUAGACCCCACACUGAAAUCACAGUUCAUAAAAAACACAGUUGUUUCGAAAAAAAAAAAAUAUUCACUUUAAUAACAUUCCCAGCCUCUAAUAAAUAGUCGACUAAACUGUAGUACCAACGACACACUCUUUAAGGCUAGUACAGACCAGAAUACAAAAAAUUGCCGAUAUUUUUUAACAUAUUGUCAACAAUGUUCAAAAAAUGGAGGAGACUUCCUGCUGGUGCAUGUGACAUAUUUAUCGGUUCAAAUCAAGAUCGUGUUGUUCGAAAAGUGGAGGAGAUAGUUUAUGCGGGAGAUUGUGCUGCAUUCUUCAAUAUUGGUGGAAAUGCUGAGGAAAGAAAAAAGAAGAAGUUGUAUUUAGAAACAAGGAACUAUCCAUGGGGAUAAUUUGCUGUUUGAGCUACUGAUAGCUUGUUUUGCAAUUCUGUCGGAUUAAAUCUAAUUUCAAAAAAACUUCUACGGCCCCUAGUCUCCAAAAAUAUCAACUACCAUACAAUGAUUCUUGUCUUUCUAUUGUAGUAUAACCCACCUUUAUCUUCCAAUGCGUGUUUUUUCAUGUUUCUGUCUUGGUGGCUGAAGUUUUAUUUAAAAAAUUCAUCCAAUGUCUCUCAUAUUUAUUUUUAUAUGCUUAUUAUUUUUAUUUUCUUUCUUUUCCCUUCUCCAAUCGCAAUGAUUUUGUUCCAAAAAUCUCUGUUAUUGUCUUUAUGGUAAUUUGCUAAUUCUUCUCACGAAUUGUUUCUAUUUUUUAUUUUUUUAUUUCUUUCUGAUAUUUUUCGUUUUUGUCAUAUUUCUUCUAUAUAAUUUAGGUACUGAAAAGAUGUAUGUAUUUAAAUUUUUGUAAAUUUCCUAUAUGAAAAUUUCAUUACAUUGACCAAUAUUACCAAGAACCAAUAAAAAAUUAUCCAGCAAGUUUUGUUUGUAAUUUUUACAAAUUAAAAAUUAAGUUAAGACUUAAAGUUACUAAUAUUUGAAGAUAUUCUACUACUGACUCUACAGGAUUGUCAAAUGAUGUUAAAUUAUCCUUUGAUUUGUUAUGUAUAGAGACAGGCAGUAGCUCAUUACGAUUUAGAAUAAAAUUUUUCUAGAUAUAUUGUACUUUUUUUAAGCUAUUAAUAAGAACUAAAAUAUUUUGAGUUACUGCGGUCUAGUCAGAAAAUAUGUUGUAUUAAUAAAUAUUGUGAAAAUGUUUUUUAUGAAACUUUUACAAUAUUUUAUGAUUGAUUUGUACAUAGACUUCCUCGAGAAUAAAAAUGCGUUUGAACAGAG